AUGGGAAAAAGAAACAUUCAGAAAAUGGGCCGAAGACCAAAACAAUUCUCUAGAAGCCGCAACAAUCAGUUUGACCGCAAAUUCCGGCAGUCUUGGAAUCGACUAGUAAUAAGACCUCACAUGACACCACCAGUACUUCAGCACAUCCCGGUGAUGGGUGAAGAAGUAGUUAAGUAUGUUGUUAGAAAGAAGGGAGGAAUAUACGUUGAUGCCACAUUUGGUGGAGGAGGACAUUCCAAAAUCAUUCUUGAUAACCUUGACGAAAACGGAAGACUUAUAGCCUUUGACAUAGAUGAUGAAUCCAUAGAGAGGGGAAGGAAGUUGGAGAAGGAGGAUUCUAGAUUCACUAUCGUGAAGUCCAACUUUGCCAACAUACAAAACUAUUUGGAAAAGAAUGGAAUAGGGAAAGUAGACGGAAUAGUGUUUGAUUUGGGAUUGAGCACAUUUCAACUGAUGGACGAAUCCAGAGGAUUCUCAUUCAGAAAUGCCAAUUCCUUCCUGGACAUGAGAAUGGACAGCACUAUAGGAGAAAGUGGAGUGGACAUACUAAAUUACGGCUCAAGAGAAAGGUUAACCAAGAUAUUCAAACACUACGGUCAGAUAAGUAAUCCAUCCCGAAUAGUUAACAACAUUUCCCUUUUCCGAAAGAAACACGGCACCAUUACCACCGUCGAUGACUACCUGCAGAUUAUUAGUGUUUCCUGUGGUAAUCCAGCAGAAAGCAUCAAAUACAUAAAGAAAUGCUUCCAGGCACUACGAAUAGAGGUGAAUGGAGAAUUGGUUUCUCUGUCUAGUGCCCUUGAUACUUUAGCGAACAUAGUUGCCAAGAACGGUGUGGUUUCCAUAAUUACCUUUCAUUCUCUUGAGGAAGAAAAGGUGAAGAUGUGGAAGAAAAAGAACUGCAACCCCAUCAUCAUCCAGGACUACGGAAGUAAUGUGGGGAAUCAAUUUGCGCAACUAACUCAUGGAUGCAUCUUCCCCAGCGAUUUGGAGAAAUCCGAGAAUUGGUCCUCACGAUCCGCCAAGAUGUGGGCGUUUGUUAAGAACUAG